GAAAGCUGGCAGGGCUUAGCUGCUCUCUAUCUCUGAUGAUGGAGGAAACUGAACUCUGCUUUCCGCAUCUUAACACCUCCUGCAGGAAGCUGAAGCGUCCUCACUCAGACACCGUGCUCAUUUACAUCAUACUGUCCUGCAUCUCUCUGCUGACUGCGACUCUCAACCUGCUGGUCAUCAUCUCCAUCUCACACUUCAGGAAGCUCCACACUCCCAGUAACAUCCUCCUCCUCUCUCUUGCGGUCUCUGAUUUCUUCGUGGGUCUCCUCCUGUUCUCUCAGAUUAUGCUCAUCGAGGGCUGCUGGUAUCUCAGUGACCUCAUGUGUGUCCUCUAUUACGUUUCCAACGUCAUCGCUUCCUCUGCUGCGAUAGGAACCAUGGUGCUCAUAUCAAUUGACCGCUAUGUGGCUGUUUGCUACCCUCUACGUUACUCCACCAAAAUAACUCCGAAAAGAACAAAAAUCUGUGUGUCUCUGUGUUGGAUCUGUUCUCUCUUAUUCGUCGGUAUGCUGCUGAGAGACAACCUCAAAGAACCAGGGAGGUUUAAUUCCUGCACUGGAGAGUGUGUGGUUGCCGCUAACUUUAUCGAACAAGUUGCAGAUCUUAUUUUGACCUUCAUUAUUCCGAUUACUGUCAUUGUAAUUUUGUAUGUGAGAGUGUUUGUGGUUGCCGUGUCUCAUGCUCGUACCAUGCGUUCUCAAAUUACAGCAUUUAAUCCACGGGGCUCAUUGAAUGCAACUGUUAAGAAAUCUGAGAUGAAAGCAGCCACAACUCUUGGUGUUGUUGUUGUUGCAUUUCUGUUCUGCCUGUGCCCAUAUUUCUGCGUUACACUUACAGCAGAUGACACUGUGUUCAAUACUUCAUCUGCUGCCAUUGUAAUAUGUCUGUUCUACUUCAACUCCUGUCUAAACCCCAUCAUCUAUGCAUUUUUCUAUCCCUGGUGUAGAAAAUCUUUUAAACUCAUUCUUACACUUAAGAUACUGAAGCCUGGUUCCUGUGAUGCCAACAUACUUUAAAGUGACAUUGUCCUCUGUUGGUCUGAACUGGGCUGAUAGAACUGUGACCUUAGACCAAAUAAAUUGUUUAAAUCAAAAUGUGAAUGUUGCCAUGCACACAAAAAUGUUUCAUAUGAGACAGUUUUGGCUGCUUCCUAGUUUAUCAUUUGAUGCUAAAACUUUGAGCUUACCUAAUUUAACAUAAUUUAACCAGAGUUUUAAAACUCCCUUACAGACAAACACAGUGUUUCUGAAUGUGUGCUAUUGUUCUUCUGCUUUUCCCUUCUUGCUCCUCAAAUGUGGGAUUACUUCUAAAGUUGGCAUGAUUGUGAAAGUGAGUGCAUGUCAGAACAAAAAGCCCAUGAACACUGAAUUUAUUUUUUAAAAAGUUUGAAUACAUAGGCAACACAUAAUACGAUGAGUUGUAAUGGACCUGUCUGAUGAGUGUAGUUACUUUAGGUUUUUCCAUCUGAAAUGAUCAGAGGCCUAUGGUUCUAUAAUCUCAGAUUGGCUUUAAAUUUUUUAAAUCUUAAACUGUGGAUAUUUAAAAUGAUAUCAGUGAAAUCUUAUAAUCAUAUAUCAAGUAGUUUCCAAGACAAUAUUUCUGAAAAAUAUUUCCAUUGAUGUACUUUCAUCACAUUUUUUUGCACAUUGAAAUUUGUGGCUGUGUUUGGAUGACAAUAGGUCAGGAGCUGUCGAAGACAAAAACCUUGAAAUUUUCACUGUUAUUUCUCAUCAUGUCAUGGAUUUCAGAUCUGCAGUAUUGGACAUAUAGAGCUAAUAGUGAAUACAGGUGAGCUGAUGCAGAAGUCAAUUCAUGAAGUUUUCUGUGUGAUUGUGUGUCACAAUGAUAUGUAAGGAAACAUAAAGAAAAGUUCUGAAUGUGAAACAACAGUGAAAACUUUGGGCUUUACUCUUUAAUAGUUCCUCAAACAGCUUCUUUGUGUUGUGAUAUUUUAUUUCUCUCAGUUAAGCAAACAUUUUCUUGUUUAAUCUGCAUGGAAAUAUAACAACAGAUUGUUUCUGAUAACUGAAACAUGACCUAUACUUCUGCAAAGACUUUCCCUCAUUUACAUCAUUUUUGACUUGCUGCAGAGAACUAAACCUGCUUCUGUGUUUAUAUUAACUCUGCUAUGUGCUGCUCUUAUUGAUGCAUUAUUGUGAUAUUCUUGUGUAUUUUAUGCAUUUAUUGAUAAAUCUAAUGUCAAAAUAAUGUGUAUUUGACUUGAGAAGAGAUGCUUAUAUUUACUUGUAAG